AUGGCUAGCCAGUCCCAGGGUAUUCAGCAGCUACUGCAAGCUGAAAAACGAGCUGCAGAAAAGGUAGCAGAAGCACGUAAACGUAAGUUAAAAUCUGUUGAUAUUCAACGGCUUAGGUCAAUUUAGCUAGCAGUGAACUAUCUGACUUUAGCUUGAUUGGCUAACAUUAGCUAUCUAAUGGCAUAACAAACAUUUGAUCAAUAAAUAGCUACUAGAAUAUACCCCAGAUUUGAUAGGAAAAAUUCAUUGAUUGGCUAACGGCACAAUGUGGAGAUGGCAAGGCCUGCAAAUCCUUGCUUCAAUCCAAGCUAACUAGCUAGCAACAUCUGAUAGCUAGCUACCGGCAGUAUGUUUUUUUGUUUUUUUUUACAUAACUAACGUUAGCUAACUGUUAAGGUAUCUGUGGUUUGUUUGUUAGUUUGCUAACUAUUGCCACCUGUAGUAACUGUUUGUUAGCUAACUAGUUAGCUCCUGUUAUUUAUUGUAAAGGUCUAUGCACAAGCCAAGGGUGUCGUGCACAUGAUAGAUGUCAACCAAAUGGGCCUAAUGCUGUGUUUUACAAUUGGCAUUGGCUGGCUGUUCCAUAUCAUACACAACUGAGCCAGUAAGAUGAGAAAUGUUCCAUAGGGGUGACAAUUUUAAGGGAUAGCAAUCGGUGUGUACGGUAACUCCCCUAUACUGGCCCCUUAGAAAUUAUCUUGGGAAAAACACACCUAGCCUACAUCUAGAGAAGACUGGUAAGUGUGAGAUCAGAUGAGAUCUACAAUAGGCCUAACUCUAGAGAACCCGCCAAGGUGCCAGUCAGACCUAGUAUUACAGUAGGUGAAUGGGUAGCCCUUGAUCAUGACUCUCAGUUCCAUUACAUUACACAUAAGAGUUAUUGGACGAAGGCGUCUUCUGUAGGGGGGAGUUUUAUUAAGAGCCGCGACGCUUGGUCUUAACAUUAAGCUAACGCGUUGCUUGCGGUACGGUUUUGGAAGCAUAAGGACCUUAUUUUUCAUAUCGGCAACAACAAAAAAAGGGUUCCCACACGACUAUAUUCCCAUGUUACAGCGCUUGUUUACGGAAAACAGAUGGAAGGCACAGUAGACUAUGCUAAUUAGCUAUAUACGUCUCCGAACACCUGUGUGUAAACGGAAGACAGAAGCCACAAAUGUUGUCACUGAAAUACUUUCAGCUUCAACUGGGUUAAAACAGUGUACAGUAAGUGUGGGUUUUGCAUUUGUGAAAAUAUUUUGAUGUGAUAUGAAAUAGGGAUUUAUGUUUCUAAAACUGUAUGCAAUUGAGAAUCGAUUAACGUUUAGUAUUAGGAAGUUUUGGCUUCCAGAGCCAAUUCGCCUUUUAAACAGAACAUAUAAGGUCCUUGGACUAUGGAGUAACGUUAGGCUCCUUUAGUCCAAUAUUGGUCUAGUGAAUGGCCAACAAUAGACAUAGAUUUAACUUUAGCGUUGUCUGUCUGACAGUCAUAUUCCAGUGAGUGAAUUUAGUCAGAGUAACAUGACUCGAUCACAAAGAGAGCCUUAACUUAAAUACUUCCUUGUCUUUAUUUUUCCUUUACCCCCCAGUUUACAGGUUUCCCAGACCUAGAUUAGGCCUACCCCAGGACUAAAAAACACUUUUGAAUGGAGAUUCUUCACUGAACCCCGGAGUAGACUGUACUCUGGGCCUGGGAAACCUGCCCUGACAGUAGGCUACUUGCUUGUCUUUCCUCACAAUUCUUUCACUAGGUCUCAUUUCCCUAACAAUAGGAUUUCCCACUUCCUCUAUUGCCAGGAAGCACACAAUAAACUGCAUAGUUAUAGUAGACUUGAUGGGACUGGGAAUUCAAUGUCUGCUCCAAUACAUUUGACUUACUAAGCCUAAGUGCAGAUUGUUUCUGUGUUUGAUCAGGUAAGAACCGUAGGCUGAAGCAGGCCAAGGAGGAAGCCCAGGCAGAGAUUGAGCAGUACCGUACGCAGAGGGAGAAGGAGUUUAAGACCAAGGAGGCUGCGGUGAGUCACUGGGGGGAGGAUUUGAAUUGGCAAAGGAGAAACACAAGUCAUAUGCUUUCCUAGUCGUAAGGAACUGUAGUUGGUAGCUAUCCAAGUGAGGGAAGCAGCAGAAAAGCCAACUGUUUUGCUACUUUAUUAACCGGAGCUACAGAGAAAGGGAGAGAGAGGCACAGAGCGAGCAGCCGUAGCUACUAGGGAACGGGGGAAGAUGUGUGAGUAAGACGCAGGAGGUUCAGAUCACCAGAGCAGGCACAGGGAGAGAGACAGCAUCCACUUAACUCGCAUUAAUAGACUAACUUCUUGCUAGUUAUUUAUCAUCCCAUCCGAUUACAUAGUACCUGUCUUGACUGCAUCAAACAGAGAGAAGCUAGCUAUAAUGUUACUGUGCUUCUCAGCUUCCUACAGUUGGCCUACAAAUAACAACAACUCUGUUCAGAUUAUAAAUAGCAGCCUACCUGUUGGCUUUUGAUUGUUGUAGCCUUUCGUUCUCAUUUUCCAUUGAUUAGAAAUCUCCUGACUUGCUUGCUGCAAGCAGAGCAGCCAUGCAAUUCUCUCAGUGGGAAGCGCAAGGAUCAGAGCGCAUGCCUUUUUGCAACUUUUUCCAAAUCACCAAUAUAGAGUAGCAUCAUGCAGCCCAUAUGUUUUGAUUUCUAAAACAUUCCAAGGUUUUUGUAGGCCUGUCACAGCUAAAGUUACCAAUUAACUCUAAAUUAAGUGUAGCCUAUAGGACCUGUUUCAUGUAUUAAAUAUUACAUUGAUUUAUUUCACUUUUUAAAAUGUAGAUGUUCCAAAUGUGCGCAUCAGCAGCUUGUAUGCAUAGAAGCCUGGAGAUGCUAAAUGUGUUUAUGUUCAUUAAUGGUCAAUUACCAUUAGACUGGCAGCCAUUUGCAUGAGUUACCUGCUGACUUUCAUGACCGCCACAGCCCUACUUAAUACUUACUGUAUGUUUGUGAAGUGGUUUGUCUUGUAAGGUGGCCUUAAUCCCAUUUCUCCAUUAGGCUCUUGGAUCCCAUGGUAACUCUGCUGUGGAGGUGGACAAAGAGACCGUGGGCAAGAUGGGCAGCAUCCAGACUAGCUACCAGCGGAACCGUGAAGGGGUGCUGGGCAAUCUGCUGAAGAUGGUGUGUGACAUCAAGCCAGAGAUCCAUGCCAAUUACCGUUUUUCUGGUUAG